AUGUCGAAACCAGGCAAAUACCUCCUCCUAUCCCUCCCCACCUCCAUCGUCCCCUCGCACCACAAAGAUGAUGCCCUCGACGCUGUCUCGAAAACCGUCUCCCCCGACAAUGGCUCCGCUGCGUCCUUUCCCAUUCCGGAGUUCAAGAUCGGCACAUUAGAUGCCCUGGUCCAGCAGGCGGAUGAGCUUGCGAAGCUGGAGGGACAGUGCGAGGGUGUUGUUGCUAAGGUGGGAGAUGCGUUGAAGAAUAUCCUUGAUGGAGAUGAGGCGCAGAUUGAGAGGAUGAAGGUCGUCAAUGAUAAGCCUGUGGACCAGUACCUCCGCUCGUUCCAGUGGAAUAAGGUUAAGUACCGUGCUGAUAAGCCACUGGCUGAAUUGAUCGAUCUGCUGUCGAAGGAAGCUGCCAGCAUCGACAAUGACAUCCGAUUCAAGUAUUCGCAAUAUAACCAGGUUAAGAACAACCUGGCUACUCUCCAGCGGAAACAAGCAGGAAACCUCUCCACAAAGUCCCUCGCCUCCAUCGUCGAUCCCAAAUCGAUCGUCCAAGACUCCGAGUACAUCGAAACCCAUCUGAUUGCUGUGCCCUCCCAACUAGUUAAGGACUUCCUCAAGACCUACGAGACCGUCUCGGCAAUGGUCGUCCCCCGCUCUGCGCAGCUCGUUGCCUCUGACAGUGAGUUCUCGCUGUACGCCGUGACGGCGUUUAAAAAGCACAGCGCCGAGUUUGUGCACAAGUGUCGUGAGCAGAAGUGGAUUCCGCGAGACUUCAAGUAUGUGGAGGGUGGUAAGGAGGAGGAGAAGAAGGAGGUUGAGAGAGUCGGAGGAGAUGAGCGCAAGCUUUGGGGAGAGACGCUGCGCCUUGGUCGGACGGCUUGGAGUGAGGCUGUUAUGGUCUGGAUUCAUAUCCUUGUAUUGAGGGUUUUCGUUGAGACUGUGCUCCGGUAUGGAUUGCCGCUGGACUUUGUCUGUGCUUUGAUUCGGACUCCGUCAGCGAAGCAAGCAGACAAGGCUAAGCAGCUUCUGGAUGAUAAGUACUCCUACCUGGCCGGCAAUGCCUUCGGUCGCGACAAGAAGGGCCGUGUCAAGAAGGAUGACCCCAACGAGAUGCACGGAGCUGGCGAGGGCAGCGCUGAGUACACGCCCUAUGUGUUCUACGAAUUCGAGUUCCAGUGA